AUGGCGACGAUAACGAUCCCGUCGCUGCCAUACAUUGACGAAACGCCUUCCCAUGAACAGGUUAAGGCUGCUGAGACCUUGAUUGCAGCGGAAACGGGCCCAUUGAACACAUCCAUUCCAGAGUCGAAAAAGUCGCUACUUUCAGCGGCCAUGGAAGAGUACGUCAGUGACCGAAAACGGCCCAAGGGAAUUGACAUUUCGCGAUAUUCGAAUCUGGAGGAUACGGAAGGCAACAUUGACCUGAAAACUGCAUACACGGCUUUGGAAUACACACUAGGACGCCGGGACGCGGUGGCAGCGCUGUCGGAUUACGGACGAGUGCAGUGGCUGGUGGGCAAUGAUGAGCUUGAUCGAGAGCUCAAGAUUGUAGACCAGCGGCUUUUGACGGCAAAAAAGACAUUGGAGACGGUCAACGUCAGUCGGAAACGCAGACAAAAUGACGUGGCAGAUACCCUGCAGUACUUGGAGAAGCGAUGGAAGGGUCUGUUGGGUGAUCUGGUGGAUGUUGGCGUCAAGAAUGCUCUUUUGGAAGCUCAACUUGAGAGCGAUGAAGAAGGGGAGGAGGAGGAGGAGGAGGAGGGUGAUAACGAAUGA